ACUGUUGCCCCGUUAAGGGAUAAUUAACGACGUUAAAAGUUUCUAUGUAUACACUUGAGUUUUAAAUGGCGCGGCGAUGUUAUGGAUCUACAUCUGUUGUUGCUUUUUUAAUGGUUUGUGCAGCCCUUGUAAGUGUUAUUAAUGUAGGGCAAUUAAGUGUCUUUCUUAGAACGAAACGGCAUACUGCUUAUGGGCCGGAUACCGGUUUAUAUUCUAUAGGAUAUACAUUAAGAGGAAAUUUGUCUAUGGAAUCUUGUCAGGCUGUUCCAGAUUCACUUGUAGGAAAACUUAACAUUGACCUUGGGGCGGCACUAAAAUCUCCAACGCCUUCGAAACACCAGGAUAUGUUGCCAGGUGGCGCAUGGAGUCCGAAGAGCUGCGUAUCUCGGCAACGGAUAUCAAUCAUCAUACCUUUUCGUGACAGGCAGGCACAUUUGGACAUUUUAGUAUACAAUCUUGUUCCGGUAUUGAAACGACAAAAAGUUGCCUUCCGGAUAUUUGUGGUAGAACAGUUUGGUAACAAAACCUUCAACAAAGGUCGGCUAAUGAACAUCGGGUUUACGGAAGCGCGGAAGCACGAUGAGUUUGACUGCUUCAUCUUCCACGACGUCGAUCUCAUACCGGAAGACGACAGGAAUAUGUACACGUGCUCUGAUAACCCUCGUCACAUGUCCCCGGCCCUGGAUAAGUUUAAUUAUACAAUGCUGUACAAGAGUCUGGUGGGUGGGGUACUCAGCUUCCGGGAUAAACAUUUCACCAAAGUAAAUGGCUAUUCGAACCUUUACUGGGGCUGGGGUGCUGAGGAUGACGAUAUGCACAAAAGACUUUCAGCCUCGAAGUUAAGUGUUGAACGGCCCUCAAUUACUAUUGGACGGUAUACAAUGAUAAAACACGACAAAAAAGAUGUUUCCUCAGUCAGAUUGAGCCUGUUAAAAACAUCGACAACACGAUACUUAAAAGACGGCCUCAAUACUUUGGAGUACAAAUUGGUUGAAACCCGGCUUGAGAAGUUGUGGACACGUAUAAUAGCGAAUGUGGGCGAUCCCCCGAAAAAUCAGACCGAGAAUCCGCUUUGAUAACAUAGAAGUUCUCGAAAUAGUAUUACAAAUAUUUUGGAUUUGUUUCCUGUGCCAUUUAACAUUGUGACACAACUGUCACCUAUGGUACUUUAAUGACUUCUUUUUCUGUAUUUUUACUCUACCUUUAAAUAUUUUGACCUCACUGCCUUUAACAUUGUCAGCUCACUUUAAUAACUUUGUUUUCUGUUGUUGAUUUUAUUUCUAUGCCUUUAAUCAUUAUUGCCCGACUUUUACCUAUGAUUCUGUUAUAUCUUGUUUUCCGAUAGUCCUUGCAGUUUCAAAAUAUUUAUUUGCGUCAUGCAAAGGCUAUUGUGAAGGUAUUUAAUAUCAAACCUUUUUCAAUCCUAUUGUCAGUCUUCAUUGAACGAACGAAGCAUAUGCUGGUUAAUGCUACUGCGCAAUCCGAUGGACUACAAGUAUCUUAGAUCUAAUUAAGACUAAUAUUUAAUACUACCGUGCUUUUCGAUCCCUCUUAAACGUUAACAACUGACCUCCUUAAUCAAAUGCAAAAUAAAAAGCAUAAAAGCAUUAAACGACCAAAAAUUUACACCUCAACUUUCAUUCCUUAAAUGAACUGCCUUUCGGCAAUUGCGUUUAUCAGCCGAUGGACGCAACAUCUUCGGAUAUGUUCG